AUGGCAUUUAUCCAUGAGACUUCAGAGGAAUGCAUGAAAUCAGAACUGGAUCUUUUUCAGCUGGCACCUACACAAACCAGUAUUGAAAACAGCAUGUAUGUCGAGAUCCCGCCUUUAUCUGCGCUAUCACCUGAUGCACCCUUGGAAUUUUUUAUCACGGGACAUGGUGAGCAUUACAUGGAUUUAAACAGCACCCUGCUGUAUAUGAGUUGCAAAAUUGUAAAGGCUGAUGGUACAGAUAUCGAUGAUGGUGCCAGGGUGGUGCUGGUCAACUACCCUAUAGCAUCGCUGUUUAACCAGCUGGAUGUAACCUUGGGAGAUCAUCUCAUUACGCAGAAUCAUCAUUGUUAUUCUUACCGUGCCAUCAUUGAACUGAUUCUGAACUUCAGCGGUGAUGCCCUGGAAACCCAAUUUAUAGCUGGGGGGGUUUAUAAAGAUGACUCAACCCUCAUGGAGAGCACCCUGCUGACACCUGCAGACGGCAAUGAGAAUUAUAAAGUGCAACUCCUGUCAGCAUCUCUCUUUGUAAAACGUGUAAAAGUAGCACCAGGAGUGCGCCUGGGUCAUGCGGAAGCUUUGCUAUCCUCCAGUGCCAAAUAUCCCAUUGAUCGAGUGGGAAUGAAGGUUUACAGCAUUCCGGCAGGCAGCCUUGUGUGUAAUCAGGAAAACCUAUUUCUGGGGCAGUUACCUAAACAGUUAGUGAUUGGUUUUGUGGACAAUGCAUCCUUUAGCAGAGAUUAUGAAAGAAACCCAUUCAAUUUUCAACACUGCAAUGUCAAUUUUUGUGCCCUAUAUUGUGAUGGUGAACAGAUCCCGGCAAAGCCUCUUCAGCCUGAUUAUGAGCAUGAUAUUUAUGUGAGAGAGUACAUGCUGAUGGUGCAAGCGUCGGGCAAAGGUAUGAAAGAUAGGCCUCUGUUAAUUAGCCAGGAAGAGUUUAGCCAUUUGUACUGUUUUGACUUGAGCCCUGAUCAGGGGUGCUCUGAGCACUAUUCUUUGAUCAGGAAUGUUAACCUCAGAGCAGAAAUUAGAUUUGCACAACCCCUCCCCAAUACCAUCAACAUGAUUCUCUAUGCAAUCUUUGAAAACCUGAUUGAAAUAAAUCCCACAAGGAAUGUGCUUUUUGAUUAUAUGUGA